AUGGCAGGCAAAUGCGUCCACAAGGGCUGCGGGAAGACCUUCUCCGACCCGGAAGAGCCGUGCGUGUACCAUCCGGGGCCCCCAGUGUUCCACGAAGGGCAAAAAGGCUGGAAAUGCUGCAAGCCUCGCUUCUUGACCUUUGAAGAGUUCCUGAGCAUCCCACCAUGCACCACCGGCAAGCAUUCGACCGUCGACGACACCCCUGCGCCCGAGCCCGAGAAGACAGAGGACCUUCCUCUCGCCCCGCCACCAGCACCCAUCCCGACUGCGCAAUCGGAGCGCAGAGCUAUCUCCCCCGCCAUUGCGCCGCCGACGAAGCCCAAAACGCCCCCGCCGCCAGAGCCUGACUCGGAUGACCCGUUAGCGGAGAUCCCCGCGAACGCGACGUGCCGUCGCAAGGCCUGCGGUGCGAAAUAUGAUGCGUCGAAGCCGCGGGAUGAGGAGAAAUGCGUGCAUCAUCCGGGCCAGCCGGUCUUCCAUGAGGGCAGCAAAGGGUGGUCGUGCUGCAAGCGCCGGGUGCUCGAGUUUGACGAGUUUUUAAAGAUUCCGGGUUGCACAGAGAAGACGAGACAUUCGUUUGUUGGCAAGGGCAAGCCUCCUGGCGAGGAAAAGGUCGAGUCGGUGCGGUACGUUGGGAUGAAUGCAAUCCAAUACAUAAAGAAAACACAAGCUGACUGUCUACACCGGACUUGCAGGAACGAUUUCUACCAGACCCCGCAUUCCGUGAACGUCUCCCUUUAUCUCAAGAAAAUCGACAAGGAUGGUGCCAAAGUGAGCUUUUCAACGAACUCGAUUGAGCUGGAUCUGCCCACCUCGGACAACAAGCGAUAUAGGAACACCUACCCGCUGUUUGCGCCCAUUGACCCGGAGAAAUCCACGUUCAAGGUAAUGGGCACGAAGCUGGAGUUGAUACUGGCCAAGGCCGACGGCACCAGCUGGCCUGUUCUGCGCAGCGACGACAAAUGGUCGGGGGAGCGCAUUCAGAUUGGGAACGCCGGGCGGGCAUGA